AUGACCUCGUUCCUCCAGUCGGCCGGUGGCUCCCCGCUGAAGGCCCGCAAGAUGGACGCGAACUCGAAGGUCCAGGCCAUGGUGCUGGAGGUAUUCUUCGACGUCAGUGUGCAGGCAAAGGGCCUGGCAUUUGAUGGCGGCAUCGUCGGAGUGCUCGCGGAUGCGGACGAGCUUGUCUGCAGGAAGGAGUCCAAGAACGCAGUUCGUUGGAUGUCCGGCUUGAUUUCCAAGAAUGCGGCCAACGUCCCCGAGUGGGCCACAGCAUUCAAUGCUGGGUUGCCGCAGAACGUCGUGGCCGAGUACAUGAGCCCCGUGCGGCAGUGCUUUCGGGAUGUACCGCAGUACUUCGAGGUGUUCCGCGCCGGGCUGCGCCAAAUGUUCGGCGAGGUGAAGGCGCGCGAGGACAAACUCAUCGCGGAGCACUUCGCCGCGGUCACGCUGUCCGUGGAUGCGGGGCAGCGCGGGACGCAGGCAGAGAUGGCGAAAGAGACAACCGCCGCCGGCGUUUUCCAGAUGUCGAUGGCGGGCGGCGUCGCUGAAUCGCCGACGGCGGGGGUGGAGGCGGUUGGCGCUGGCGCGGCGCCGCCGUCAGCGGCCGCGGCGGCGGAAGUGACGCGCGCCGCCGGCGCGUCCCAGGUGGCGACGGCGGGCGGCGUUGCCGCGUCGAUGGCGAUGACGUUGGCGGCGGUUGGCGCGGGCGCGGAUGCCGUGCCACCGGCGCGUGCGCCCGCGGGCGCCCCGGCGGUCGGUGCCGCUUCAAUGGCCAGCGGCGGAGCCUUGGCGGUCCCGGCGGUGGCUCCUCCUGCGGGCGUCGCCGGGGAUGCGCAGGCGCCGGCGCCCGCGGCCGCGCCGCUGGCCCGCGCCGUCCCGGCGCCGACCGCCGCCGCGGCGGAGGUGACGGUGGGCGCGUACCUCGAGGCGGCGACGGCGUUCGCAGCGGGGGAAGCGCGGAGCGCAGCGCAGUCUGCGGAGAGGGCGAAAUACCGUGCGUUCAAGGGCAUUCAGCUGGACAUCGCUGCCGCGGUCAAGCGUUUCGUGGAGAUGCCGGGGGUCGGCGCGGAGGCGCUCGCGGGCACCGUGUCUCGCUGGCCGGCGGCGGCUUUCCCGGCCGACAGGCUCGAGUGGGCGCAGCGCCUGACGAUCAUCGAGGGGGACAUGGCAGCCGCGGCGGCGGCGAGGGACAUGUCGCCGGAGGCGGCCGUUGCGAAGAUCGUGGCGAAGCUUGAUCGCUUCCUCGAAUCAUUGCAGGCAGAUGCGCAGGCGGCCAUGCUGGCGGACGACAUGGCGAAGCUCGACGGGCUGGAGCCCAUGCUCGACGGCCUGGAGGUUCUGCUUGUGCUCGUGCGCGACAGCCCCCCCACGGGCGACCUCCUGCGCGCCCUGGAGCCCAUGGAGAACGCGGAGACAGUGAGCGCCCUCAACCUCGAUGCCCUCGCCGCGGUUGCCGCGGCCGUGCCGCGCCAGGGCGGCGCCGGGAAGUAG